GUGAUUUUAGUUUAAUUAGUUAAAAUUAAGCUAGUUGCCCCGAAAUUUCUUGUCAAUUUCCUUUUAGGUAUUUUUCCAAAUUUGAUUUUUUUUCGUUGAUUUGGCCAUGGACAACGAAUUUGAUUUCAGCACGCCACCGCCAGAACGUGUGACCAUCCAACGUAGUCAUGGAUUGAAUGAUGAACAGGUCAAGGAUCUGAAAGAGGCAUUUGCACUCUUCGAUCCAGAGCAUAAGGAAAUAAUUCCCAUUAAGCAUUUGAAAGAUCUUAUGCGAGCUGUUGCCCAUACACCCACCGAGGCGGAAUUGCAAGAUUAUUAUAAUGAAUAUGAUCCGUAUACGACGGGAGAGUUAAUACUAAACGAUUUCCUUGUCAUCAUGUGGAAAAGAUAUGCCGAAAUGACAAUCGAAGAUGAGGUUAUUUUGGCUUUCAAAGUCUUUGAUAAGGAGGACAAUGGUUAUAUACACGAAUCAGAAUUUCGGCAUGUGAUGACAAAUUUUGGCGAUAAGAUGACAGAAGAUGAAAUUGAAGAAAUAAUACUUAACGCUGAUUCCGAUACCGAGGGUAAUAUACACUAUGUGGAAUUUGUGAGAAUGAUGUCAGAACGUUAG